AUGCGCGGAGGCCGUGGGGACGGUGGUGGUCGCGGUGGCCGUGGCGGCGGCUUUGGCCGUGGUGGGGGCCGUGGCGGGGGUCGCGGUGGCCGUGGCGGCGGCUUUGGCCGUGGAGGCGGUCGUGGCGGGGGUCGCGGAGGUCGCGGCGGUGGCGGAGGCCGUGGGGGUGGGGGCUCGGCGGUACGGGGCAACGUUUUCCAGCCGCAUGCUCGCAUGCGUGGGUGUUAUCUACUUGCCGGCAAAGACACCCUCGCAACAAAGUCCCUUGUCCCUGGUGUUUCCAUCUACGGGGAAAAGCGCGUCAGUGGAACCGUUGCCGGGGAAACCGAGUCCACCGAGUUCCGUGUCUGGAACCCGUACCGCUCCAAGUUGGCGGCAGCCAUUUAUUCGGGCGUUGCCCAGAUCUAUAUGGAGCCGGGAUCUACUGUGCUGUACCUUGGAGCCGCCAGCGGAACCACAGUUAGUCAUGUUUCAGACCUGGUAGGGCCGGAGGGUGUCGUCUAUGCGGUGGAGUUUUCGCACCGCAGUGGCCGUGACUUGGAGGAGAUGACGAAGCGCCGAAGCAACAUUGUGCCCAUCCUGGAGGACGCCCGCUACCCACAGAAGUAUCGGAUGCUGAUCCCGCGAUUGGUGGAUUGCAUCUUCAUGGAUGUUGCCCAGCCUGACCAGGCACGUAUCCUAGCGCUGAAUGCGCAACACUUCUUGAAAGAAAAUGGUGGGUUUGUCAUUUCCAUCAAAGCCAACUGCAUUGACUCCACCGCAGAUCCUGCUACAGUAUUUGCCUCUGAGGUGCAGAAGCUGAAGGACUCCGGUUUGAGGCCCAAGGAGCAGGCUUCACUAGAGCCCUUUGAACGUGAUCACGCCGUGGUUGCGGGGUACUACAAGUCGCCACCGAAGUAA